GUAAAAUCAUUUUGACUGUUGUUGGCAGGGUGCUGUGUGUGUGUAUGUAUGUGUGUGUGUACAGGUAUUGUUGUGAUUAGAACUGUUGGUUUCAACACCUGGAACAGAAGUGAACGGUUUACUGAUGUAAGCUGCAGCAGGAUCAGUUCAGUGCUGAUUAUUGCGGUAUUGAGUGUCUGGGGUUUGGGUGUGUUUCGGGUUUAGAGGUCGCGGUGGUUGCAGCUUUGUAGCUGCUUGUCAGCAUGUCUUACGCCGGGGCGGUGUGGCUCGCUGUUCAGGAGGAUCUGUACAGGGCUGAGAGCAGCACACUGCCUCCUCCACCUGUAAGCAGGAGCAGUUCAGCAUGCCGCGGCACGGAGCGGCUCAGCCACGAGUCACCGAGCCGCCUGGAUUUGUUUGAUGACCAUUUCUUAUCGCAGUGUUUUCAUUUCACUCGCCAGUGUCUAACUUUCAUCGUGGACUGCGUUAAAGCCCGAAUGAAGAAAGAUGUGUUUAGACCCAGUAGCGACGCCGCUUCAGUUGAAGCCAUGACCCUCGCGACGCUGUAUUUCUACGCGCACGGUUUCCUCCCCAAGAAGAUCACGGACGCGUUGGGACUGGAGCACGCAAACGCAAGCGACGCCGUGAACACUGUCUCUAAAGUCCUGGAGGAUAUGAGAUCGGACUUUAUCACUUUCCCCGCCACUUACGACGAUCGCAUGGGCGUUGCGCAGGGCUUUAAACGUUUAAGUGGCAUACCAGACGUGGUGGGACUUUUGGGGUUUUUACAUGUCAAUGUCACCCCUUCACCAGCUGAAGAGAGUUUGUUCCUGACCACCAGGGGUGACCAUUCUGUCAUGGUGCAGAUCAUAAGCGACGUGGAUGGAAAUCUGCUGAGUGUGCAACAGUGUUGUCCUGGGGGGACUCACGAACAGGUGGUCUGGGAAAGCUCAGAUAUUUGUCAAGAGUUUAACAGACUUCAGCAUGGUCAGACCUGGGUCCUGGGUGGUAAAGGUCUGUGCAAAGCUAAACAUGUGCUGAGCCCAGUGGAAAGUGCCCGGACCAAUGCGGCCAGACGAUUCAACACAGCUCAUUCUCUGGUUUGGAAAUCCACUCAACACAUCUUAGGCUCUUUGAAAACCCGCUUUCAGUGCUUACACAGUCUUGGAACUGUUCUGGUUGAUAAUCUUGAGCCUGUAGCUCGCAUUAUCACUGCUUGCUGUGUUCUGCAUAACAUCUCUAAAAAGUUUUCAGUGCCAUUACCCAGCAAACUGGUCCUGGAGCAAUUACACCCACAUCCAGAAAUAAGAAAAAAGGAACAGAAAACUUUUUGUGAAAUAGAAGAGGCAACAGAGGACAUGAUAGAGAUGUGUUUUGGAAAUUCUGGGGAUCAAGAGGAGCAAGAAGAUAUAGAAGCCACUGAGAAAAGGCACCAACAAAACAGUGAUAAUUCACACAAGAUCUCUCGUAAAUCUUGAGACAUUUUACAAUGAAACUGCAGUCUGACUUCUACUAACCAGUCUCGGCACAAAACACCAAUUCACAGAGAAAUACGUCUUUUACAAAUCACUGUAGAAACUGUUGUGUAAAAUUCUGAUUGUUUUUGCUGACUAUGUAAAAGUUUGUAAUGUAUAUUUUAUGUAAAUUACAUUUUUAUUUGAAUUAUUUCUUUCUACUUACAACUGCUACAUCAUUUUUAAAUUUAGUUACUUAUUUACAUAUUUGUUAUUUCUAUAUGUCCAUUUUGCUGAUGACACAUAGGCAUUGCAAAAGUUAGUCAUUGCAAUAGAGCCAUGACCAAAUUUAAGGUGGAGUUUUUCACAGGCUGAUAUCAAAUGGUCUAAAUAUUACAAAGCCCAAAACAGACCAGCACCCACCUACCUCAAAGCUAAAAUCUCACCUAGCGCUGCACCACUGCUUCAGUGUUCAACUAGUCACACCAUCUUUUAGGGUAGGAUAGGCAUGCUUCAAGACUUAUUUUGAACCUAGGUGCUGGAACUUCCUGUAGAAGUUCAAACAACUGUAUAACUUUGUAACUGUAUAAAUGGCAUCCAAAUGCCAACUCUUCCAGAAGUGCUUAAAUUAGAAGUUCUCUUUAAAAAGACAUUUCAAAUUAUAUUCUAUUCCAACAGAGUUUUAAACUGGUGGCUUUUUCAUUUUGUGACCUAAUGAGCCAGUAUUAGAAUGUAUUUAUUGAUAAAGAUUUCAAUGCAUGUCUAUAAGUUUCUCUGGAUAAGGGCAUCUGCCAAAUGUUAUAAACCUACAUUUUUGCGAAUGGUAAUCACUGAUGCUGAUCGAUUUAUUCUGCAACAAUUCUGACAGUUUGUGUGGUUGUCAUGCCCUGCUCAGUAAUGCUGCCUCCCUUUCCAACUUCAGAAGAUAAAGUUUCUAGCCUUUAACCACAAAGGGCAAGAAAACUGAUCAUAAUAAGACACAGGUAGGAAUAAUUUCUCUUUAACCACUGGUGUAGUCCUCCUUCUCCCCAAUCACAGCUGACACUGGAGUAUACCCUGGACACUGGACCAUACAUAUGAAUACCUUUGUCUCCAAUUUCAGGGCUUUUGCUAUGUGGUUUCUCCCCAAGUGGAACUUUGGGUCUUUGGGGGAAUUAUUGCAAAUUUCAAUAAAUGUGCAUACAGA